CCUUUUCCUACGUUAGCCUCAGAGCUGUCGUUUUGGUGGAUCCAUCCUCUCUGAAGGGAGACAUAUCCAGGGAGUGGAUCAUUCAGCCAAGGGACUUGCUGUGCUCAAUUUGUGGCUUUGACCCGGCAGACGGCGGAUUGCUGGUCGUACCAGCAGAGAGUGCUCCUAUAUAACUGGGACGCCUAGCACCGAACGCGAUGCUUUUGGAACAUAGCUUCUUCAGCCUUGUACGUAGACUACGACCACCAUGACGGCACAACUUCCUUUUCCUCUUCUUUCAGCCUUGGCUUGGGCGACGCUGGUGAAUGCAUUAGUACCAGCAGAUCCAACAAUCACCUCUCCCGCUAUCCUACCUCGGCAGAACAAUGAUAGGUACAUUGGGUGGGUAGAAAACAAUGGAACCUGGAUUAGUGAAGUUUGCAACACAGGACUUACCUGGUAUCAGGCUGGCAAAUAUGCUCAAUGCUGUCCGACUACCCUAGCUUCUUGCUAUGCACCGACUGCAUGUGUAGACGGAUCCCUGAUUUAUCCUUACUCCGACUACAGCACAACCUCAACCAUUGCGUGCACGGAAAAUUUUGACAAUGUCAAAUUUUCGAUUUGUAACACUGCCUUCAUCUUCGAGAACACUGGCGACUCGAAUCCGAAGACUGACAUUGUUUGCGGAGAGUCCUCUGUGAAUUGGUCCUACUACCGGGUUAUUCCCGAUUCAUUCACACAGACCUCAUCUCCCACUUCCACCAUCCCCGAGUCGAAACCUCCUGGCAGCGUAGUAACUGGCCCACCAACCACUCCGACCGAACCUCCCAAAGCCAAGAAAUCCUCUUCAAAAGCGUGGAUUGCUGGUGCAGUUAUUGGUCCUAUCCUUGGCCUCGCCCUAAUCGGGGGUAUCAUUUUCCUACUCUUCAGUCGCAAGAAGAAGCCAAUCCAACCUCCGCAGCAGCAUGCUGCUCCCGCCGUCGUCCCCGGCGCUCCUCAACCCCCGGUCGCCCAAUAUAACAACGACGUCAAACCCGGCUAUCCCUCGCAACCAUCCCCAGGUGGCACUCACCCCAACUCAGCAUACUACGCCAAUGACCCGUAUAACCAGCAAGCCUACAGCCCACAGCCGCUUAGCCCAGCUCCACAGUAUACAGCGCCGUAUUCAGCACCUGGAAGCCCACCACCACAAGGGUACCCUAUGGCGCAGUCACCACCCCCGCAGAAGGUAGCUAUGAUGCAAGACUCAGGUGAGGUGCCGCAGCCAAUGGCAGCGGAGUUGGGUGGAACGAGUAAUCCAGUCGGUGGAGAGCAUACUGCGGAACUAGAAGGAGGAGCCGUGAGUAAGUAAACGACGUCUGUGACAUUCCCUAGAACAGAGGGGGGGGGGGGUUAAUCUAAGAAUGGA